AUGGACACAAUAGUUCUACAAGAUAUGAUUUUGGGAGUAUCAUUUUUCUUCCAAUUCAUAUUUGGUUUUACUGGAAAUUCGCUAUUGCUCUCGAUAUACGUGAACAUCUUUCUGCAAAGAGCAAAGCCAAUAGAUUGGAUAUUUACCCACUUAACUUUAGCCAACCUGAUGACAGUUUUAUUUGCUGGGAUUCCGGAAUUAAUAUUUUUCUUUGGAAUCAGAAAUUUUCUGAACGACACUGGUUGUAAGGCCGUUUUGUUCUUGUCCAGAGUGGGCCGGGGUCUUUCCCUCUGUACCACAUCUUUCCUCAGUGUGUUCCAAGCCAUCGUGAUCACCAACAACCAUGCUCAGUGGGCGUGGCUCAAAUCAAACAUCCACACGUGCAUUUCUUCUGCCUUCCUCUUCUUCUGGAUACUCAACAUGCUCAUCUGUAGCCAGGUCAUCAUUUCCAUGAAAGCCCCAUUCAACACUACUGGAGUGGGACUAGUUUAUAACCAAAAAUACUGUAUGGCACAUGACACAGGGACUCUGGUGGUGUCUGGAAUUCUUGGAGGAAUGAUUUUAAGAGACUUCCUGUGUGUGUCCCUCAUGAUCUGGACCAGCGUGCACAUGGUAAAGUUCCUGUUCAACCAUCGCAAGAAUGUCCAGCACAUCCUUAGGCACAGUCUCUGCCCACCAUCCUCUCCAGAGAUCAAGGCCACCCACACCAUCUUGGUCCAAGUGAGCUGUUUUGGCUUUUUUUACGGGUUCAACUGCUGCCUUACCAUUUAUAUAGUAUACAAACGUGAGGUACAAGUGUUAGGAAACAUCACUGUUUUUCUCUCUUCCUGCUAUUCAGUGAUCUGUCCUUUCUUGCUGAUAAGAAACCACAGAGGCCCCUUUCUGAACUGCACCUUCUUAAAAAGGAGGAAAUCUUCUCCACAAACCACUGCCUUCAGAGACUUGAAUACUCUCACACCAUCUCUGACACAAAGUGCUCAGGACAGGAAACGUUAA